UCUCUUACGAUAGCUUGCAGCUAGCUAGCCAGUCAGCUAACCAGUCAACCAGUCAGCUAACCAGUCAGCCAGUGAGCUAACCAGUCGUGUCCUCCACAUCGCUGCUGCAUCUUUCCUGGAUGCCACAGUGUGCAGGGUAACGGCGCCGUUAGCUUAUUUAAGUUUCCAAUGGACUACAACAUAAGGAAACGGUGGAUCGCUUUUGUCAAGAGGAGCUACUGUGGAGAGUUCAGAAUCACCACCAACACCCGUCUCUGCAGUUUCCACUUUACCCCUGAAAGUUACAGCAACUAUCACCGGGUAAAGUCUGGAUUUCUGAAGAGUCCGUUGACGCUGGUCAGUGGGGCCGAACUGACCCUCUCCGUCCCCGGCUAGCAUCCUCCUGUCCCGCCGACAGCGGGUGCUUCCAUCACGGCCACCAGGAGAGUGACGGCAGCAUCUAGCUCAGACGGAGUCAAGACGAAUACAUGCUUCCUACAGGCACUGCACUAGUUUAGUUAAAACAACACUGAAGCUCCGCCUGCAGUUCCUCUGACGGCCACCAGAGGCUCCACCAGCGACUCAGUUCCAGAAGAGUCCAUGUUAAAAUGCCUGUCAGCAGAAAUCAACUUGUUCACAGCUGCUUCCUGUAGAUCAUUGAUCCCUUCAUCACAGCUUUAUACAGCUCACUGCUUUAAAUCAUAUCAAGACUCAAAGUGAUGCAUCAUGAGGGGGCGUGGCCUCUGAGUGACACGUAGCUGUCUGCUGCUUCACCUCUCAUGGUGCUGGUGCCGUUGGACCCUUCUGGAGGAUUUAAUCCAGAUAUCAGAACACAAUCUGACUUUAAGAUGAACUUCUCAUCAUGGCUGAACACUGAUAGCUUGUUAGCAUUAGCUAGCUCGGUAGCUUCAGACAGGUGGGCUUGAUGACCUCAUCAGGCUGCUUCAGCUCCACCUGUUGGUUGAGCUGGAGUCCGGAGUCACCAAGAUGAUGACGGUAACACACAGCGGGCAGCUGCUCCACCCACCAUCCUCUGAUGUGACUCCACCCACAGAGGAACUGAGCAACACGUCGGUCUGAGCUGAGGGUGGCGAGGGGGCGGUGCUGACUCCAUUCAGCUUCCUGCCGAUCCUCACAAACUCAGAACCAUCUGUGUUCCUCGCUCCGUCAGCUGUUUGGCUGUGAUGGCAGAACCAGAACCAGAACCAGAACCUGAGAGGGACACUGAGGAGACAGACAUUAGGACUCUGGAUCCAGUCUGGACUGAACCAUCUGUCACCGAUGAGUCAUCUGUUCAGUGGGAACAUCAGCACCUGAUCACCAUAAAGAAAUGUCCUGAUGACCCUCCCAGCUGUUCCAGUCUAACCACUAAGGAGCUGCAGCAGAACUGGAGGGCAGUGAAGCAGAGCGAGCGACCCGUCAGGCUGCUGUUUGAGAUCCCAUCAGCUCGGAUCAUUGAACACACUCUGUCCAAACAUGUGGUGUACCAGGUCGUGGUGAUGCGUUCUGGCAGCUUCGACUCUCGCCGUGUGUCUGUGGAACGCCGUUACAGCGACUUCUCCCGCUUCUACCACAAACUGCUGGAGGAGUUUGAUGAGGAGCUGGAGGAGGUGGUUCUUCCUCGUAAACUCCUGACAGGGAACUUCAGCCCUGAAAUCAUCUCGGAGCGCCGCCUCUCUCUGCAGGACUUCCUGGCUAAACUCUACUCGGUCCGCUGCGUUCGGCGAUCGACGCUUUUCCCCCAAUUCUUCACUGAGCAGGAGCAGAAGCGAGCGCACGGUUUGCUGCGAGCGGGACAGUUCAGGCCGGCCGUCGAGCAGCUGCAGACUGUGUUGGAUAUCGAGGAAAAGCUGUUGCCGUGGCAGCAGCCCACCCUGAUCGUACCUACCCUUUCUGCCCUGGCGGUCUGUUACCGGGACCUGGACGAACCAGAACAGGCAUUCUCUGUGGCCCAAAGAGCUCUGCCUGCCGUCAGGCGCUACAGGCUGAAACACUACAGAGCUGCGCUGCUGGACCUGCUGGUGGACGUUGGCUAUCAGCUGGGACGUCCUGUGGCUCAGCUGCAGGAGGAGCUGACGGUCCUGAGAGAUGCUGAGAGGGGGGAGGUGUCCUCACGCUCCCUGAAAGAGCUGGUGGUCCAGGAGUUCACCUGAGGACCGCCAGGACACACAGCAACAGAACUGAACUGAGGCUGAAACCCGGCCAAUAAACACUCAGCAGCCAUGUUACUGGAUCAGACCCGCCCACAGUGACAGCGUGCUCCAGUGCACAAAGAAGAGCGCUUCAGAUGUGAUGCAUUAUAAGGCUCAGCACCAGGCUCAGCACCAGGCCCAGUAUCAGGCUCAGUAUGUCCCCGCCCAUGACAUUUUGAGUUUAUGAUGUCUCAACAAGGUCAGGAUGAGAUGGAAGUGGAGGAGGCGCCACCUGGUGGUCGGAUGUGGUACUGCAGCUUACAGCUCUGAUGAGCGUUCAACAUUGUCAUUAUCAAUACGUCUGAUCAAUAUUGUUUGUUGUUUUUGAUCAAAGACGUUUAAUCUGCCUUCAUCAAUGAAAAGAAAACUGUUUGUUAAUGUAUUUGUUUCCUCUGUUUUGUCUGUCGGUGAUCAACUGAUCGAUUGAUCGUGUAAUCAAUGCUCCUCGUGUUGAUGUUAAACUGAGGGGCUGAAUUCUGUUGUCAGGACACGACUCAUCAGGUGAGGGGGAAGAUAAAUCACACUGGGCUGUGCAGGAAAAACAAUAGGAAGACUUUUAAUUAUAGUCUCAAAAAACAAAGACAGAAACAAACGUCUCUGACUCGGCUUCAGAGCGCUGCUCGCUCUCUGCUCCUCGCCCGCCUCUCCAGUUCAAACUGGCCUAUCAGGGCAGACCUCUAUAAUGUUGAGUUGAAAAGGUUUUCUUUCACUUGCUCACACCAAUGAGGUCUAAAUUCAUUCUUCCUCAGACUAAGAUACUGCACAUUCACAACUAACACAUGGUUUGUACUUUCUUCAGUAAGUAUCUUAAUUACCUGUCAUGACAUCACACAUCCAUUAUCCAACUGAAACUGAGAACAGCCUUCUCAUACUCAAUACUCAAAAAGACUGCUGCUGAGGCACUUCCUCUUUCUACACCAGCACAAGAUGGCCGCCUCCAAGGACUCCGAAUGUUCUUACUUUGAUGACCAGACUUUUAUAUACAUUGUGAGUAAACAACUUAAAAUACGAUUCUUUGUAUUCAUCAAAUGUUAGUGGAAACAUGAUUUACAUAAAGAAAA